GAAGUUGACACUCUAGUUACUUUGGUAAGAAUUGUUGUGUCAGUUGAGAUCAUUUUGUUCGGCGGAGUUCCAGCGUAUUCUGAAAAAUGGCGUUGUUACGCAGUCGUGCUAUUUUGCAGACAUGCAGACGAUCAUUCUCCCGUGCUACUCCAUGUUUAUAUUCUAAAGAAGAAACACUCCCUGAUCCCCUUGAACUUGCCACUGGACUGGAAAAGCGAGAAUUACUUGCUGCGGCAGCUGGCAAUUUUGACCCAUAUUACAUGAAGGGUAUUAAAAUAUCACCAGAUUGUACAAAGGAAAACCCAAAUCUGGUACCCAGUGUAUCUGAAAGUCGAGUUGUAGGAUGUGUUUGUGAAGAAGAUGCUUGUCACGUAAACUGGAUGUGGUUACAUGCAGGCCCACCAAAGCGAUGUGAAUGUGGAUUUUGGUUUAAACUUGUUAAAAAGGAACCCCUUUAAUGUGAUUUCGAAUUAAUUAGUGAAUUAUAUAAGGCAUAGAAUUUACAUUAUAUUACAUGAAAAGCUGA